GUGCCACUUUCAGGUCUCCUCACACUGCUGGUGUGUUCAAUUUUUUGUCAUAGGGUGCUGGCAGAUUACGGGCCUCCCAUAGCUGCUGCCAGGCCCGUAAUCUGCCAUGGGCCCCUGUACCGCCUCCUCAUGCUGCUGCCAGGUCCAGAGUCUCUCAUGGGUCCCUGUACGGCCUCCCAUUGCUGCUGUCUCCAUCGCCACACUCUGCCAUGUGCCACUUUCAGGUCUCCUCACACUGCUGGUGGUUUCCAUUUUUGUCAUAGGGUGCUGUAUGGCCUCCCAUUGCUGCUGCCUCCACCGCCACACUGUGGCUCCACACUCUGGUUUUGGCCCCGUGACUGCCCAAAUGAGUGAAGUGUGCGGUGAUUCUAAGAUCGACGGCACUCAUCUGCAUGUCAUACUG